AAGGGAAACAUCUUGAAGCGUAUGCAUGGCCAUGUAUUUGAUCCUAGUUAAUCACCAACUGAUUGUAAAAGUGAUUGUACUACUGCAAUUGCUGAACAUGAGCUUCUCUAGACUGGACCAAGACAUUAAUGAAAAAUGCUUCAAUGAAGGGACGAUGAUAACAUACGAAUGUGAAGUUCCAGCUGUGUAUGGUAUACUCUUGUGGAACGGUGUUGGUUUUGACUGUCCAAGCGUUAGCAGUAUUUCCAACAAUGUCCUUGCUCUCCCAACAUCACCAUGUCCACUAAUACAUGGGAUAGUACACACUGGAGUAUGUGGUCCCUACUUUGCCAACGUGACUUGUACAGAGAAUUCCGAAAGUCUAAUUUCUGUGAUAACAUUUGUAUCUAACCAUGAAAUGAAUGGAAGUUUCAUUAGUUGCCAGUUCUUGGGUCACACUGAAAUAUUUCCAAUAAGAGUUGGAGUACCUCCAAAUCCACCGUCACAUGUGAGGGUAAUAACUAGACUAGAUCAAAGCUGCCAGUUUGACUGGUUCCCUCCAAGUGAAAGUGUUGGUGGAAUCGGAGGAUACAAAAUUAGAUAUGGCAAGAAGUGUGGACACUGCAACCCUGCAGCUGGGUUUGUCAACAAAACGGAACUUACAGCUGAUUGUAUGGCAUGUAUUGAAGAAAAUAAUAACAUGUGCUGUUUUGAAGUCAAUACAGUGAGCAAAGAUUGUUCGUUUGACAGUCUUCCUGUUGAGGCAACUACUGAUUCUCCAAUAAAUUCACCAAUGGACAGUACAGUGUCCAUCACUUGCUCACUCACCCCUAACCCUCCUCCUAUCUAUGUGGAAUGGAUUUAUGCCUUCUCUGAAGAGAGCAGACGUGCAUUCUCGGGAUUCCUGAUAACCAUUUCAGACCAGUCCAACCACACUGUCUUGGAUACCCUGUUAGACUCAAAAGUUAGAACCAAAUACGUCAAUUCAACGUUAUUGAGGGAAGAUUAUGGUUUGGUUGGUGAUAUCUGGAAUAUUACUGUGGAGGUUAUGGCUUUAGAAGAGGAGAACAAGUUCGCUUAUAACUCGAUAGAAUUCUCAGUUGAAGACACUAUCAUGUUAGACACAAGCUCUGCUGUCACUCCUGAUCAGUGCAUUGAAGUGUCAAUAAACAGUCACUGUGAUGAGAGAAGUGACAUCUUUCAAGCCCAAGUCCAGUUCAAUAUGGGAUCUUGUGAAUCUGAUCCUGAGUUAACCAACAGUACUAACAACUACACUCUGCAAGAUGGCUACAAAACAUGCGUUCCUGUUGUAGCCGGCACAAUCUGCUACUCCAUCGUGAUUUUCCAUAAUGAACUAGAACUCGGCAGAACUGAGAGACAAGAACUGAUUCUCUUACCAUGCAUACUCAAAACAUCAAAUUCUACAAGGGUGAACAUUAACUCAACCAAUGGUGAAAUCCCACGUGGGAUUGAAAUGAUUCCUCACAACUCAACACUUUACUUUUCUUGUGACCGUAAUUGCACUAUAGACCAAAGUCAAAGUCGCUGUGCUAAUGGAACAUUUCAACCAUCUAUAAGUCAUAUUCUGCAGGAUGGAUGUCGCUGUUUUGAUUAUUCAAAGCUUAUUAUUGGCUCUACUAUUGGUUCCAGUGCUGUGGUGUUGUUGGUGGUAGUAAUAGUACUUGGAGAGUGUUUGUGUUACAGGAGAAAAAAUAGUGCUGGUGAAGAUUUGCGAUCAGUAGAGCCUGAUCCUGACGACCGAGACCGUGGCGCGAGUAAUGUAUCUUAUUUAAAUAUAGAACUACAACAAACUAUUACACAGAAUAGUGUCUCCAUUAAUUAGCAACGAGAAUACAGUAUACUGAUAAUUAUAUUCAUGCAUGUAUAUCGUGACUUUUAUUUGUUCAGAUUGUAGUUACAGGAUGUGUAAUUUUAGCACCAUG